UUACGUUAUAUAACUUUUCCUUCAUACCGUCUCGAUUUUGUUCUCGGUCAAGUUUUGCUCAUUAUAAAUCGACAUGUUAUCGCAGUUAGUUGUGUUGUUUACAUUUUCAGUGAUACAAUCGAUGAGUGAACAGUUCAAAUGUGAAGUGAUUCCUUUUGAAACAAAUGACGUCAGAGGGACUUGCUGCAUACAUUUAAAAAAUAACUUCCGGCGGCCGAGUAAAGAAGAAAUCGACCGACAAAUCUUAGAAAACGUAUUUGAAAGAAGAAAUCAGGCAACUCCAGAAAAUGAUCAAAGGCACUUUGGUGAAAAUGGACAAAAUCGAAAUGGCGAGUUCGGAAAUAGACCUAAAACAUAUCCGGUCACAGAAAACGUAAAUGGUUAUGGUGGUAGCACAUCUAGAAGAGUACCAUUUAUUGAACACAUUGACUUGAGCAGAGUGACGGAAAGGAAUCCGAUUCUAUUCGAAGACACAAAUCACAUGAAUUCCGAUAGGAGAGACUACAACGAAUAUAAUCGGGGGUCGUCGGUUGAUACAGGUUUCAACUCAAAAGCAGACGAGAGUCUCAAUACAAACACAAAAUUCAAAAUCAGACCUCUUCCUCAUAAUGUUAGAAACGAGAAUCCUAAAUCAAGUACAGCGACCGAAAAAACCUUUUCUCAAAUAGAGAAAUCGUAUAAUCAGAAAAAAGUGGAUCGAAAUAUCUUUCAAGGUAAAAAUGAAUCGAAUUCAAAUUUCAUUAAUAGAACCAAAGGAGACGAUGAACAUAUAAAACCUCAGUCGAACAACACAAUUCCAGACUUGGGAAACAGAAAUAAUGUAAAUGUACCGGAUACCUGUACUGAAGGAUAUGCAAGAAAUGCCAACGGAAAAUGUGUUAAAAUAUUCCAGUGAAUAUAAAUAACCAUACAAAAAGUUAUAAUUUUAUACAUAGACUGAGAAGAAAACCAUGACAUUUACAUUAAUAUGACUUAUGUAGUUUGCCUCAAAAACGAUGUGGCAAGUACAAUUCAAACCACCUCACGUUGCAUUCGUUUCUCAACAUUCCUUUCAUAUUGUUCAAUCGAAUGUAUGAAAUUAUUCGAGUUAAAUCAUUUGUAUUUAUUCUUUUUUAAUAAAUUAAAAUUCGACCUGA